GGUCGUACUCGGCAGACAGUAUUUUUCCCUAAAACUCGUUAAAAGAAGGAAUUUUCCACCACCCUUCAAGUGGUAGAAGCCAGAAUAUUCUAAACACAAACACACUAAAAAACGUGAGUCUCUUUCCACUUCAAAAAAUCUUAACCGUUAAAUUCACUCAUUAUCGUCCACGUGUUACUUCAUCACAAUCAUCUUCUUAUAAAAGUCCAUCCCCACCCUACGAUUAUUCGCUACGGUGCCCUACUACAUCGUCAACAAACAACCACCACGAAAAAUAUUAAUCUUCUUAUUCUUAUCAUCGUUUCUCUUUUCCAUUUCUUUGUACUUUUCAACAACUACUUUCUCUUCCUCGUUCAUCCUAUCAAUCUUACGCCGGUUCUCUUACAGCUUAUAGUUGAGUAAUGAGUCGCCCACAAGAGCCACAUAGGCCGUUCUUCCCACAUGGAAACCCUUUCCGGAUGAUACUUCCUAAAGGCUCCUAUCUUUCCCCUAAAUUGCAAGCCCUGCUAAAUAACUUUGAAGAAACCUUGGCCGGAAGGUUGAGGAAACUUGUUCCAAAGUGCAAAGAUGAUGUCUUUAGUGUUUCUUGGAUGCUAUUAGCUGUACAGUUGCUCUCUGAGACACACAAUGAUAUCAAAUCUCUGAUAACUGAACUUGGACUUCCUGUAGUCGAUUGGGAUGACAAAUGGAUAGAUGUCUAUUUGGACAAUAGUGUGAAGUUGUUGGAUAUUUGCAUCGCUUUAAGCUCUGAGCUAUCACGCCUAAGUCAAGGGCAGCUCCUGCUGCAUUGUGUUCUGCGUAAUUUGGAACAAAGUGGAUCCUCGAAAGCCAAGUCUUCAAUUGAUAGUUGGAGGCAACACAUUGGCUCGAAGAACCCCAGAAUUGAUAAUUGUUUUGCUAUAAUUGACAAGUUGACGGAAUCUUUAGAAUUGCCCAAGGUUAAGAACUCAGCCAAGGGAAAGACUUUGAUGCGCGCUAUGUACGGAGUCAGGGUGCAAACUUUGUUUGUCUGCAGUGCGUUCAUGUCUGCUUUCACUGGUUCGGAUAAGAAGUUGAUAGACUUGCAUGUUACAGGGACGCACCUGUGGGGUGAGGCGUUUAAUGAUCUCCAGAGAUGUGUUUUUGGGGAAAUUAGAAAUCUAGUUUUGAGUGAUAGAAAUGUUCUUGUUAAAGAAUUGGAAGCAGUUUCUACAAGUGUGAGUGAAGUGUAUUCCGUGUUUCAGGAAGGUGUGGAGCCUACAAAAUCAGAAUCAGUACAAAAGUCUGUUGUCGAACUAAGGAGAAACAUGGAUGAGCUCUCAUCAGGAUUAGAUCUUCUAGCAAAAGAAGUCGACGGAUUUUUCCAUAUAGUGUUGAGUGGACGCGAUGCAUUGCUUGGUAAUCUAAGAGUGUCAGGCAGUGUCUUUGAUCCUCCGAAAAAGCACAAGAUGGAGGAGCAACUUGUGAGAUGAAUACUAGACUAUUGCAAAUCAUGUGUAUAAACAGGUCUAGGUAUGUUUUUUCAUAUUGCUAUAAGAGCAAAUGUAUGAGAUCUUCUCGGGCAUGUUACUAUGCUUAUCUUGUAAUUUGUUAUAUAUGUGUUUUGAGUGAGUGCCUGAGCCUUAUACCUAUGUACUACAAUAUUAUGAUAAUGAUAUAUAUAGAUAUUUGCUUA